UCCAUUCUUCCAAAUGUUGAAGAAAUCGGCAUCCCGCUCACAGUGGAGCGCGGAAUGUGAUAAGGCCUUCUUUCAGUUGGUAGAGCAGCUGACUGCGCCCCCUGUCCUGAGCGCCCCACUACCGGAUGAAACCCUAUAUCUUUACCUGGCGGUUUCUGAUCAAGCGGCCAGCUCGGUUUUGGUGCGAAGAGAUUGCGAUGGCUCGGACCGUCCAGUCUACUACGUAAGCAAGGCACUCCUCCCAGCUAAAAGACAAUACAUGCCUAUUCAAAGAGCAGUUUUAGCGGUCGUAACGGCAGCAAGAAAGUUGCGUCCUUACUUUCAAGGGCACCAAGUCAUUGUCUUGUCAAAUUUACCACUGAAGAAGAUUUUGAAGGGAAUGGAUGUGUCCGGCAGGAUGACCAAAUGGGCGGUCGUACUAAGCGAGUAUGAUAUUGCAUACGCUCCGCGGCCUUGCAUCAAGGGACAGGUGCUCGCAGACUUCGUCGCCGAGGGGUUCAGCCUGGAAAGCGUCGGGGAGAAGAAGGAUGCAGACGUGUGGCGUCUUUACGUCGAUGGGGCAGCGGGAAAAGGAGGAGCGGGAGCAGGAAUCGUCGUCGAGACACCGGCGGGAGUGAUACAUGAAAUCUCUCACAGAUUCCUAGAGUUAAAAACCAACAAUGUGGCGGAGUAUGAAGCGCUCCUCAGCGGGCUCAAAAUUGUCAUCAACAUGGGCGCUUCACACCUACACAUCUACUCCGACUCGCUGCUGGUAGUGAACCAAGUGCUGGAAAGCUACGAGGUGAAGGAAGAAGCCCUCGCAAAGUUGGCGGGGAAAGUCAAAGGAACUUUAGCUCAGUUAGAUUCAUGGAAGCUUGAGCAUGUAAAGAGAGAAGAUAAUCAUCAUGCGGACGCCUUGUCAAAACUGGCAACCGCAAUGGACUUUGAAGGGGAACGCCGAGUAACAGUGACGAAAGAAGCGGCCCAAGCAUAUGAAGUAAUGGUCCUCGAGGGCGGCGAUCAGGAUUGGCGGUCCCCAUUGGUAGAUUACCUGCAGAAUGAUGUUGUCCCGGAGAAUGCAGUCUUGGCUAAGGCACUCAAAAGGAAAGCGGCUCACUACACCAUUGUAGAGGGGCAACUGUGCAAGAGGUCUUUCUCAGGGACAUAUCUCAAGUGUCUAGGCCCAGAAGAAGCGAAAUGGGUAGUCAAAGAAAUACAUCAAGGCACCUGCGCAACCCACUCAGGACCGCGGAGCCUUGAAAGAACAAUAUUGCUUCAAGGAUACUACUGGCCAACGGUAAAGAGGUAUGCAAUGGAGGCGGUCCAAAAGUGUCAUGAAUGUCAGAUUCACGCUAGCAAGCACCAUCUGCCAAGCGAACAGCUGAAGAGCAUCACAGGACCUUGGCCAUUCUCACAAUGGGGUCUAGACCUCUUGGGACCAUUCCCCACAGCUCCUUUGGGGAAGAAGUAUCUCGUGGUCGCGGUCGACUACUUCACAAAGUGGAUCGAAGCAGAACCGCUGGACACAAUCACAAGUGCCAAAAUCCAGAAAUUCUUGUUCAACAACAUAAUGAUCAGGUUUGGAACACCUCACACUAUCAUAACUGAUCAUGGCACGCAGUUUGAUUGCAGACCAUUUGAGAACUUCUGCGCUCGGAACCGCAUCCACUGCAAAAUGGCAUCCGUAGCAUUCCCACAAGCCAAUGGACAGGUGGAGUCUUCCAACAAGUUAAUCUUGCGUGGUCUGAAAAGGAGGCUCAAGGAAGCCAAGGGAGGGUGGACCGCGGAACUUCCCCGCGUGUUGUGGGCGCACCGCACAAACUACAAGCAGGCUACUGGAGAAACGCCAUUUGCUCUGACAUAUGGCUCAGAAGCGGUCGCACCCACCGAGCUUGUCCUACAGUCAUUGCGCGUCCAAGCGUAUGACCCAGAGAGCAACCACAGGAAACUCCUUCAUCACCUUGACAUGGUGGAAACAAGAAGAGACGCCGCGCUGGUCAGAACCCUAGAAGAGAAGAUGAAGACCGCCAAGCCGUACAACGCCAAAGUAAAGCCCAGGCCAUUGGAAGAAGGUGACAUGGUCCUGAAGAGGAACUUCGAGCAAAAGGAGGGACAUGGCAAGCUGGCGGCCGCAUGGGAGGGACCAUACCUCGUAGGAGAAAAGUUGGGUCCAGCGACAUACAUACUAGCCACGAUGGAGGGAAAACCAAUGGCGAAGACUUGGAAUGCCAUUAACCUGAAGAAAUACUACGAGUAAUUCUUCAGGUGACCGUCUUCUGGGACGCGCUCGAGAGGAGGCGUCUUUUGGGGAAAUAUCAUGUAGGCCACCUACUUUUGGAAGUUGAAUGAGAAAACGCCACCGAGCGUCCCCUGUCAAUUAGAAAACGCCACCGAGCGUUCCUUGUCAAUUUAAACAACUGCCCUAGAGCAUAGUGCUUCAAAGCAAAAACGAGUAACCCGUAAACCGCUCCUAAGUGUCGGAUAUAGCAUACAACAGCCCCAGAGCAUAAUGCUUCAAAGCAAAAAAGCAAAAUCCGUAAACCGCUCCUAAGCGUUUGGGCAUAAUAUAUAAACGCCUUAGGG